CUUCUCGUCAUUGCAUUUCCUUUGCGCCGCUCAAAACUGCUGCUGCCGCUGAGAGCUGUGCGGCGCACACGUCCUGCAGCUGAGCCCACCACUUGUCACAAGAACAAACCACUGUCUCCGGGAGACAAGAUGAGCUCUGAGGACUGGGGUUCAAAUCCCGGCCCCGCUUGUGUGGAGUUUCCAUGUUCUCCCCGUGCCUGCGUGGGUUUUCUCCGGGUACUCCCACAUCCCAAAAACAUGCAAGGGUCGCGGGUGUGCUGUCGCCUAUCUCAGCUGUUUCCGGGUGAGAGGCAGGGUACACCCUGAACCAGUCGUCAGACAAUUGCAGGGCACGUCGUCUAGGAGCAGAGACCUCCGAGAGGGAACGUGACGCUUGGAAUUUUUUUACCAUGACAUGAACAAAGGAGCCAGCUGGAACUAUAUCAUUGUUUUUCUUUUGUCUUUUGUCUUUUUUUUGUGUCGUCCGUUUUGUUUGUUUAUUGUCUCCUGUCCACACGUCUCUUUACUGUUGCCAACACUCAGAUGGAGGAUAGAUAAGACUAUCAGGCACUUGUCCCUUUUAUUAUUAUUAUCGCUUAAAAUCAAGAGCAAUCCUGCACUUUUCAUGUUUGUCCAGCGCCUAACAGGCAGCCUCUACACAAGUGUGUAUAUUUAAUGACAUUUCUUAGCCUCCUUGUGCAAUCAAGGUGUGUUAUUUUAUUUUUUUUUACAUUUAGUCUUACUCAUUUAAUCAGUAUUCUCAGUGAAAGGUGAUGACUGUUUAAUUAUUUAAAGAGUUCUAUUGUUGGAUGUUGUAGCUGCUAAGUUGCCUCAAGUUGUGAUGUCAUUUUUGUUCUACCUAGUGGAUAUGACUGUUGUUUUAAAUGUUGACUAUUUUAAACUAUGACCUGAUUUGGAGUAAACUGUAGAGAGAUACCACAGGAGCUCCACACUGGAACGUUCCAUUUUGCACUAUGAACUGGAAACUAUUGACUUUGUUCUCCAGUGAAGACACUGAGAAGGACACAGUGGGAACAAAAAGCUGUUUUUAUCAUUCAAGAACUGAAAGAGCUUUUUUAAACUUUCAACUCCGCUUUGUAGCUUUUUAGACGCAUGAUUUUUUGCCCCAGUAAAGGUCAUCCACCUCCAGCAAGCGAAGAUGCGCUCCCCAGAACCGUCCUUCUUCCCCCCAUCAGAAGCCCUCCUUCACGGCCAGUUUGCUAGCUGGGUGUCCGGCAACAACGGCAGCAACAACAACAGCUGCCCCAACAGCCCAGGUGGGUCGGGCGGGAUCUCUCCCACCGCCUCCCCGACGCUGGCUCCGACCUCCAACUACGCUCUGACCCUUACCCACGCACACAUUCACAUCCAGCGCCUGUUGCCACGUCCGGGCAAGGAGGCCCGUCUCCUGCUGCCCCUGUCAGAGCUGCUGGGAUGCAGCUGCCCCCGAGCCCCCGCCCCCCCUCUCUUGGUGCUCUACUGGUACCCGCCGGGUAAACGCCGCAAAGGGGUAUCACGGCGCCGCCAGGUGAGGGCCUACAUGGCUGAGACCAGACCUGAGGCAGAGAGAUGGUCGGCCGCUGUGCAGUGUUUACUCCGAGGGGUGCCGGUCACUGCUGAAACAGAAUUUUCCAGAAGCCUCCUACCUCGUCCCAGGCGACUACUACUGCUGGUCAAUCCCUUCAGCGGGAGAGGACAGGCAAUGCAGUGGUGUCAGACGCGCAUCCUGCCUAUGAUUAGAGAGGCCAACAUCAGCUAUAACUUGAUACAAACAGAGCGUCAGAACCACGCCAGAGAGCUUAUCAGGGAGAUAUCACUCCCAGAGUGGGACGGUGUCAUCAUCAUUUCUGGAGAUGGCCUCCUGCACGAGGUGAUAAACGGCUUAAUGGAGCGUGCUGAUUGGGAGCAAGCAAUAAAAACGCCCGUUGGCAUUCUGCCCUGUGGCUCUGGCAACGCACUGGCUGGUUCCAUCAAUCACCAUGCAGGGUAUGACAUGUGUCUUCGGGAGCCUCUCCUUUUGAACUGCUGCUUCCUGUUGUGUCGCGGCGGCGUGCGGCCGAUGGACCUGGUCUCCGUGACGACUAGCCCACCCACCAUCAACAACAGUCGAGCUGCUACUGCAGUGCCCAGGAGGCUCUUUUCUUUCCUGUCCGUCGCCUGGGGAUUCGUGUCGGAUGUGGACAUUGAAAGUGAGAGGUAUCGUGGCCUGGGCUCAGCACGUUUCACUCUGGGCACGUUGGUGCGCAUCGCUUCCCUCCGCUCCUACAAGGGUCGUCUGUCCUACCUCCCUCCGUCCAUCAUGGCCUCAUCGCCCGACGCCACGCCUCCCCUGCCGAGGAGGCCCCUCUCCCGCAGCAUCACCGAGGGCCUGGAAGGCUUUUGCAAAAACCCCAUCCAUCGCACCUCCUCUGACAUGGGCAUCAGCGAACAGAGGAGUCUGCGACGGGGCGAGGGAGAGCAGGAGAAGGAGGAGAGGCAACGGGAAAGAGAGAGGAGACGUGAGCGAGCCCGGGGAGGAGGAACUGGCGUGGUGAGGGCCAGCAGCCUGAUGGAGGACAGGGAGAAGGAAAAGGAGGGGGAGGUAGAGAUGGAAGAGGAGAGGCUGAAGGGUGAAAGGGGUGAUUGUAACAUGGGAGGGGAUGCUGGAUUGGCACAGAUAAAAGAUGAACAGGAGGAUGAGGGAAGAACAGAGGAGGACUCUAGUGAGAUGGAGGAGGAGCAUCAGGCGGGUGAUGGGAAAGACCGUGUAAAGGGUGAGGGGGUGGUACAUGCUCAAGAGCUUGGUGAGGGCCUGGACGCAGACGAAGGUUCCUUCACCUACCAGGAUGGACUCCAGGAAACCAAACAGGCCCUCAGGAAGAACUCUGCUCCUUCAAGCCAGAUCGCCAACACUCUUUUCGGUCAAGCUGACUGCGAUUCCAGCCCCUCCUAUGGGGUGGAGGAUAUGGACCUGAAUGGAAGGUACUACCAGAAAGAGGAUUACCCUCUCGAUGUGGCCCGUGAACGAGCCCUCACCAUCUCCUCCCCCUUUCGUCACUCCCCCUUCUCCUAUAAACCCAGAACUGUGGACCAGAACCAAAACUCUUCACGGCCGAGGCCCCUCUCACUCCUGCAGCACUCCCACUCCAACUCCCUGCCUCCUAAACUUCCCUCCCUGUCCCUCUCUCUGUCCCCUACACCUCCAUCUUCACCUUCAUGUGCCUCCCCACACUCCUCGUCAUACCUAGUCCCGCGCCCCAACACUCCUGGGUCCACCUCUCCAUCGCCCCCCAUACGCACGCCUUCCUCGUCUUUCAACUUUGACAUCGCCGAGCCAGCCGGACCCCUCAAGAACCGUCCUUACGUCACACUGCCUUUAAAUGUCCCGAGAGAUGACUUGUUGCCCUCUCUGGACCAACCCCUUCCCACACGAGACUGGAUCACUAUAGAGGGGGACUUUGUCCUGGUCCUGGCCCUCUAUCAGAGCCAUCUGGGAGCUGACCUCCACGCCGCUCCGCAGGCCAGGUUUGACGAUGGACUUAUCCACCUGACCUUUGUGCGGGCGGGCAUAUCCAGAGCCACAUUACUCCGACUGUUCUUUGCCAUGGAGAGAGGAACGCACCACUCUGUCAGCUCACCAUAUGUCAGCCACGUUUCCUGUCGCGCCUUUAGGCUGCAGCCUCUGUCUACACGCGGGACCCUCACUGUGGACGGAGAACUGGUGCCUUAUGGGCCCUUGCAAGCGCAGGUUCAUCCCUCCAUGGCGCGCCUCAUUGUUGGUGACUCAGGAUUGGAGGUCACCAGGUUCUAAUCAGGGAUUGGUUGAAACUGAGCAAAAGCGCUCAAUUCUGAAUUAUGUAAUGUCUGUUCCUGCGCAUGCUCGGAGAGACUGGAUUGCACAAACAAUUUGACAGAAAGGGGAUAACCUUACCGAGCCAUGCAUCAUUAGAGCAUGAAUGCAGAGAUUAAUAGAAAAUAGAUAUAAACUGCACCGCACUGCACAGCUGUGGGAUUACACGAAACGAACCUGCAGACGCAUGAAAACUGCACAGGCUGGAAUAACGAGGGAAGAAAAAUCGAAUGUCAGCUGAUUUUUUUAUUUUUAUUUUUAUUUUGCUAAGACAGUGCAGGUGUAUGUAUACACGACAGUAUGCAUGCUCAGAAGAACUACCCAUGUUUUGCCUGACAGGGAAAUACUUUGCAACUGACACCAUACAACGUUAGAACGUUUCAAGCUUCGGUUGUUUACACAGUUCAUUUCAUUUACAUUACCCCCAACAGUAUUUGAUGUUUUCGUUAUUUUGUACUCAUUAAUCUUCUGGAGUGCAUUUAACUUUACGUUCAUGCAGCACACAAAAGCCUCUCGUACACAGAGCCGUAACAGAAGACCUGGUAUUUAUCCAUGUUUUACACAGAACCAAGCAAAGGCAAGCAAUUGCCAAAGGACAGUAUAAAUACGAUACAAGGGGUACAGAGCAGUCAACUUUACUGUUCCCACAAUGACGUUUAAAGCAUGGCUUAGAAUAGUCGCUAAUCAUGUAUUUCAGGAUGAAGCAGAGCCUCUUGAAGCAGCAAUCGGCCCGCAUUAUUAAAGUGUAAGUGCAAUCAUUCCAGCACCCUCGAAGAGGUCUAUGAUUAUUAGCAAAAACUGCUAAUUCCUACCAAGCAGAGACCCUGUCGUGCUGGGCCCAGAAAGAGAGGACAGAUUUCCCUCUUUGGCCAAGUUGUGCAAACAUUACCUGGCUAACCCAGCAGCAAGCACACCCAGCGAGAGGAUAAUUUUUUGUUUGUUUCCCCUCUAGCUGGAAAUACCAUCACGUGACAGUGGGCGAGCUAACCCACGUCCAUGCGCUUGUGUUCUAAUGUUCUGUGUAAAGUCAGUCUUCGAGCCAUUAUACUGUACUGAAAAAAUAUCUGUGACGUCAUAGGCGACUAGUCAACAACUACUCGACUUUAAUCACAUUAUCGAUUUAAAAACAACAACCUGAAAUCGUGCUAUCCCAAACGGAUACUACCAUAAAAGUGCAUAAAUGUCAUUGCAGUGUCUACAGGGUUUCCUCUUGUGUCGUUGACAUGGACCAAUAUUUUCCUACUUGCCACCAGCCAUCAACAGCUAGUAAGGUGCGCAAUGUGGGGGGUUCCCGUUGUCGUUGCUGUGUCUAAAGCGGUGCCAUUGUUUUGUCAUUGAUAUGGGCCAAUGUCAGUUGUCUGUCGGGGUCCCCGUCAGCUCAAGACACUAGGCGAUUGCCUGGCCUGUUACGGCGUCUUUAAAUCAGAAUCAUCUUAAUUUUUCAAGGAUGUAAAAACACACACAAGGACUUUGUCUCCGGUAGUUGGAGCCUCUCUAGUCUGACAAGAAACAGGCAUUUGACAGAAAAUACUUUUGAGACAUAAAAACAGUACGGAGAGUCACUGAGCAAUGAAAGGUUCCCAGUAAUGUGGUAAUGCUGAUACAAUACACAAUGUUUUUGAGAAUUGUGCAAAUGUUGCAGUCCUCUAGCAAUUUAGAGCAUUUUGAAAUGACUAAUAGAGCAAUAGUCUGGUACAGUGACCAUUGUGCAAAUGGCACAGAGACUUUAAGAAAUUUAAGCAGUUUAAAGUGCCUAGUAGUGCGUAAUCUGGAACACUGUCAAUUGUGCAAAUAAUGCAGAUAUUUCUCAAGCACAUGAGUGGCCAGUAUUGGUCAACAACAGAUGUGCAAAUAGUGCAGAGUGAAUUCAUGAAUCUGUUAAAACUCCAAACAAGCUGCAAGGUUAAGGCUGCGCAACAAAGUUAUGCCUUCGAGUCCAAACUUAAUUGUAGCGACAGCACUUCCAAAAGGAUGAAAAUGACGGUGCUGUAUACAAAACAGCAACACAUAAAAAGGCCUAAAAAGAGCGACUUUGAAUGGCAGUGGCCUCUUUCGAGAUCCUGCAAAAUCACAGCAUCUGAGCUGUAACUGACUUUUACGCACCUGUGUGCAUGUUCACAUAGUAACACAGUAGCCUGCAAUCAGAUAAUUACACGAGACGUGCAAUACUUGUCGGACAAUAACAACAAGGCAGGAGAAACGAGUGAUGUGUGAACACUAAAAAAGGGAAACAAUACCGCCUUUUAGAGGCAGUGUGAAAGGGGCUAAAAUCACAACACUAGACACUAACCCUCGGACGGCGCACUCAAAUGUUUUUAAGGUGCAGAAUCGGUUACUUAGAAGAAAGCACUAGUAAAAGUACCUAAGUGCAGAUGCAUCAUGCUACAAUAAAUGAUUAAUGUAAAAGAGAUUACAUUUGUCAUUUUUUAAAAUAUUUUUUAUCCGGGAAAGUUGAAUGUAUUAACAACACUUUUUUGGCGGGGUUCACAUUAGGACGUGGUGGCGAUGUAAAUGAAUUUGACUGAACGUUGACAACUGACUAGGAAAUCAAGUCAAUGUGUUGAGCUUUGCCUUAAAUGACUUCACAGCUAUCCUCAAGUGGAAUCAACACCAUGGAGUGGUAAAUAAUGACCUGCUUUGUGUAAAUGUAAUUAUGAGACCUGCUGAUGAACCGGUCAAAUCAAUAGCAUGUGCACUGUAUCAAUCAGUCAAGAUAGUGUGUGAAAUACUUGGGUCUUUAUCAGCACAGAGCAUGUCCUGGUCAUGCCUGGAGAUAUCAAUGCCUUUGUAUUAUAAGCCUGUUGAAAUUCCUGUUCGAACAUUACUGCAAAGAGUGGAAUAACACUCUUUACUGGUCACCAGUCUGCUAUUUUGCUUGUACUUUUUUUUUUUGUACCCAAUUUACCGCAGUGGCGUAGCAGUCUCGGCUUGUAACAGCACCAUGUAGAAGAAUCUGACAAUUUACACUUUUUUUGCCAAAAUGUACAAUAUUAAAAAAUGAAAAUUAAAUUAAAAUUUUAAAAAUUGACUUAUUGUGGAUGGUUGAAAUGAACAAAUUGAUUUGACAAUGCUGCGGUUGCCAGGCCUCUACUGAUAAUCCCAUUGAUUCAGUUGUCCGUUGUGGCCCUGCUUGUGAAGAAACUGCAAUUAUUACUAAAAUGACGGAAGAAGAUAUAGGAUUACAGUGC